AUGAAGACUGCACUCAAGCUGCUGCUGUCCCUGGCCUUAGCUGUGGCUCUGUCCAUCAACACAGAGGAACCAGUUGAGGUGGCUCAGGGCAUCUGUUCCGGAUGCCACCUGGACGCCUCCCUGGGGAGCAACGAUUGCAACUACAGCACCAGCAACAACUACCACUACAGCACCAGCAACGACUACAACUACAGCACCAGCAACAACUAUAACUACAGCACCAGCAACAACUACAACUACAGCACCAGCAACAACUACAACUACAGUACCAGCAACGACUGCAACUACAGCACCAGCAACAACUACAACUACAGCACCAGCAACGACUACAACUACAGCACCAGCAACGACUACAACCACUGCACCAGCAACGACUACAACUACAGCACCAGCAACAACUACAACCACAGCACCAGCAACAACUACAACCACUGCACCAGCAACUACUACAACUACAGCACCAGCAACAACUACAACCACUGCACCAGCAACUACUACAACUACAGCACCAGCAACAACUACAACCACUGCACCAGCAACAACUACAACUACAGCACCAGCAACAACUACAACUACAGCACCAGCAACAACUACAACUACAGCACCAGCAACAACUACAACUACAGUACCAGCAACGACUGCAACUACAGCACCAGCAACAACUACAACUACUGCACCAGCAACAACUACAACUACAGCACCAGCAACGACUACAACUACUGCACCAGCAACAACUACAACCACAGCACCAGCAACAACUACAACCACUGCACCCGCAACUACUACAACUACAGCACCAGCAACAACUACAACCACUGCACCAGCAACUACUACAACCACAUCACCAGCAACAACUACAACCACUGCACCAGCAACUACUACAACUACAGCACCAGCAACAACUACAACCACUGCACCAGCAACAACUACAACUACAGCACCAGCAACGACUACAACCACUGCACCAGCAACGACUACAACUACAGCACCAGCAACAACUACAACUACAGCACCAGCAACGACUACAACCACUGCACCAGCAACGACUACAACUACUGCACCAGCAACAACUACAACUACAGCACCAGCAACGACUACAACUACUGCACCAGCAACAACUACAGCACCAGCAACGACUACAACCACUGCACCAGCAACGACUACAACUACAGCACCAGCAACAACUACAACUACAGCGCCAGCAACAACUAA